AUGGGGAUCAAGGUCACCGGCAUUUGGAUCUAUCCUGUCAAGAGUUGUCGAGGCAUCCAGGUGCAGAGCGCUGACAUCGACGAGUUUGGCUUAAAGUAUGACCGGAUCUACAUGAUUGUUGAGCCAAUCAGAAAGACUCCUGGCCGGUUCAAAUCCAUGAGCCAGAAGCGAUAUCCAAAGAUGGCAAAACUGCAUCAAUCAAUUCGUCCGAGCCAUGGCGCUGGUAAAGGCACCGUGACAGUGACCGAUUCAGACACUGGGUUGUCGAUCGAACUUCCUCUGCAGCCACUCACGGAUAUGUUGCGAGUGCUCCCUACAGAGCUGCCCUUUAUACCCGAGGAUACCAACAUGUUGGACAUGGGCGAUGCCUAUACCGACUUCUUUACUUCCUUCAUGGGCAAAUGUUGUCGACUCGUCUACCGUGAUGCCAACCGGGUCGUGCACGGCAAUCCGCUUGAGAGGUGGGAUAUGGACUGGAGCGGAUUUCUAUGGCCGCGUCAAAUCGUCACAGCCUGCACGGACAACGCGCCGAUCCAUUUUGUGACGGAGGAAAGUCUGUCGACACUGUCGACCGAAAUGGGCACCACGGUCUCGCCGGAUCGAUUUCGACCAAGUUUCAUCCUCAAGGGUAUUGCAGAGCCUUGGGACGAGGAGGAUUGGAAGUUGAUCCACGUAGAAGAAGUGGGGAAAAUCUCCGUGACCAGUCGUCAACCAAGAUGCCAAAUUCCCAACGUGAACCCCGAGGCUGGAAAGAUCGAUAGACUGUGCCAACCUACCUCGUGGCUGAAAAGGAACCAUCAAUCAGAUCCGAGCCCGGUGUGGGGUCAAUCCGCCAUAUUUGGUAUGAUGGCUACGCAUCACAAGCCUGGCCAUCUCGGGAUAUUCGGGAUAUUCGGCUUUGCUGGCCACGUUUACUCUCUUCAAGCAGAGCCUAAACGAGAAGAAUACUUCGGAGGUCUUCGAAAGAAUAUGAUGAGUGUGUGGGUCUUUUAA